AUGGUGCCCAUUUAUAGAAAUUGCAUGAUCUACCACGAUCUAACUCUCCAAAAUGAUUUUCUUAAAUUGUCCGAGCACAAUGCUGCUAUAAGAUUGGCUUUUAGCAUCUCUGUUGCACGGCCACUAGUACGAUGUUCUACUCAGUUUAAUGAGGAAUACGGUUGUGGACUUUGUCUUAACCCUGGAAAAGAAGUUAAAAAAGGGCAUGGUCACACUAGAGUUUAUCUUUUAGAGGGUAUCAAUGCUUUUGACGCUGACUGGAUGCACUGCGUACCAUUAGGGGUUUGUCGUCAGUUUUGUAACUUAUGGUUUUCUUCUUCGAACAAAGAUCAGAAAUAUUACUUUGGAUCUUACUUGAAUAAUAUUGAUAAGCUUCUUUUAUCUUACACUCCAACGAUUGAAAUUUCACGAACACCUCGGAAAAUGAGUGAUCGAGUACACUGGAAGGCUCAUGAGUGGGUUAUGUUUCUAUUAUGCUACAGUCUACCGACUUUAAAAAUAUUUAUUCCUAGAAAAUUUUUGGAUCAUUGGGCUUUGCUUGUCGACGGGAUUUCGAUUUUGGUACAAGCAUCUAUAUUGCCAUCGGAAAUAAUCUAA